AUGGCAAGAAGCAAUCUUGGCCGUAUAUUUUCAUCAAUUUCCGACCUUUCUACGCCCAAAAUAAACCAUUUCGUCAUCCCUCCGGUGAGUCGACUCGUCUUCUCCUCAGCUCCUUACUCUCAAAUACACCCCCGAGAAAACACAGAACAAAAGCAACAAGAAGACAGCUUCCAAGGAAAGCUCCCAAACGAAACCCAAGAAGAUCAACGACAAGACAAUGAAGAAGAUGAUGAUGAUGACGAUGAUGAGGAGGAAUACGUGAACAAAGAAACCGGUGAGACCGGUGGUCCUCGAGGACCCGAACCCACUCGCUACGGUGAUUGGGAGCUGAAAGGUCGCUGCUCUGAUUUUUGA